GUUGUCAGUAUGUCUCCAUUGUUGGGUGGCUUCUGUUAUUUCCUAUUUAUAGAAAUCUCUCUCAGUCACUCCUCCCUCCAUCACCCUUGGAUUUUGCAGGAUGGGUCAAAAGGUUUUUUAGUGCCACACUCCUCCAACAAUAAACACUGAGGCAGUCAUUGCUGGCAGUACUUGUGUGUGAGUGCAGCAGUGAGUGUAGCGGUGUGUCAGAGGCAGGGAAGGACCAGCAGCCAUGGAUGACGUGUAUAAAGCAGCGGUUGAGAACUUGACAGAGGAACAAAAAAAUGAGUUCAAGGCUGCAUUUGACAUCUUCAUCCAGGAUGCAGAGGACGGCUGCAUCAGCACCAAAGAGUUGGGAAAGGUGAUGAGGAUGCUGGGACAGAAUCCAACCCCUGAAGAGUUACAGGAGAUGAUUGAUGAGGUGGAUGAGGAUGGGAGUGGCACAGUUGAUUUUGAUGAGUUCUUGGUUAUGAUGGUACGCUGCAUGAAGGAGGAGAGCAAAGGAAAAUCAGAGGAGGAGUUGGCUGAACUGUUCCGCAUGUUUGACAAGAACGGAGAUGGCUACAUAGACUUAGAAGAACUGAAAAGCAUGUUGGAGUCCACUGGAGAAGCCAUCACAGAAGAUGACAUUGAGGAGCUGAUGAAGGAUGGAGAUAAAAACAAUGAUGGGAAAAUUGAUUAUGACGAGUUCCUUGAGUUCAUGAAAGGUGUUGAAUAAAGGAUUCAGCUGGAUGCCUCACAACCCAGUAUCUUCACUUUCCAUUGACUUCAUCAUCAUCAUCUCUACCUUUUGUCAGCGUUUACCAAACCCAAUCAACACACCGGUUCUCAACCUCAGCAGAAGGACCUCAUUGACUGCAAAUAUCUUUCUUCCUGAAAGUAAUGAUCAAUCAAAAUGUCAUAUAUGAGACUAUUUUCAAUAAAAGGAUUUUCAUAAGUGCA